AUGGGACUGCUGUACAUGCUGAACCUUGACUAUCCAAAGGAAUUUAAAUACACCUUUGAGGUGAUUCAGCGCCUGUCAAUGGGAAUUGGGUUGGACUCAUGUACUCUGAGUGACCUAGCCACGGAGGAUCUCCCAGUUGGUUCAGUUUCUCCUUCAGUCUGCGUCUCUCUGAAGCCAGGUGAAAUCAGCGAGGACAGUGGGAACCAGGCAGUCAAUUUAAUGACCAAAGAAGGGGACCGCACACAUGUCUUACCUUCCAUCACACAUACUCAGAUCCAUGACGAGCCAAGUUUUGAUGUCAGUAACAUUACAGUCACUCUUGAGAAUGACUCUGUAUGGAGUCGAUUCCACAGCUAUGGCACUGAGAUGGUACUCUCAAAGUCAGGGAGACGCAUGUUUCCCUGCUGUCGGUUCAGUUUGGAAGGCUUGGAGCCAGAUUGCAAAUACCUCUUGGUCAUGGACGUCGUGCCUGUGGAUGGCUCACGGUACCGGUGGAAUGGAAAGAUGUGGGAUGCCAGUGGGAGUGGGGAGCCCCAUGUGCUCAGGCGAGUGUACGUCCAUCCUGACUCCCCUUCCUUGGGCCGUCACUGGAUGGAAGGCCCAGUGUCCUUCUACAAGAUGAAGCUGACUAAUAAUGUGAUGGACCAAGACGGCCAUGUGGUUCUGCACUCUAUGCACCGUUAUUUGCCUCGUCUUCACGUGGUGCCUGUAAGACGUGGUUCGGAGGAGCUUGCUCCACUGGAUAGUCCAAAUGUCCGCGUGUUCACCUUCCCCAAGACAGAGUUCUAUACUGUUACCUGUUACCAAAAUCCAAUAAUCACCCAGCUUAAAAUUGACUUAAACCCCUUUGCCAGGGCCUAUAGGGAUGACAAUCAGGAAGCCCGUUUCCUGAAGUCAAAACUUAAGUUCUCUUUUCUGGGAAACAAAGAUGUGCUCUCCUCUCCUCUGACAUUAACCCAGGAUGCCCUCCCAUCUCUAAACAGUGACCUCAGGUAA